AUGUCGUUUGGAUCCUGCACGGUCCGGCCAUCAUGUAAGAGCUCAAAUAACCGCCGCUUCUCGAUCGAGCCCUCGAUUCGAUUGCGGCGCGCAAUCCACGCCGGCGACGCCCUGCUCGUCAAGCGCAUCCUCAAGUCCCAUCCCUCUCUCCUCCACAACCCCGACAUCUCGCCCGCAGGCCUCUCCAACUCCAACCUGCACCUGGCCGCCUCUCUCGGCCACAAGGACGUCUGCCAGGUGCUGCUCGAUGCCGGCCACGAAGACCCCUGCCCCGCCUUGAACGAGAACCACCAGACAGCCCUGAUGCUGGCCUCCGGCGCCGGCCACACCGAAGUCGUCCACUUGCUGUGCGAAAACGACGCGGCCUGCAUCCUGCGGAGGGACAUUCGCGGCCGGGACGCCGUCAUGGAGGCCAGCGUGGGUGGCCACGACACCAUACUGCAGCUGCUGCUGACAUAUGUCCCCGGCGGACCCUACGAGGCGGUGCAGAGAGCGGAUAUAGAGGGAAACACGGCCCUUCACUAUGCGAGCGGCAAUGGCAACCUGCUGGGUCUGCGGACGCUGCUCGCGGCCGGCGCGGAUGUCGAGAGGCGCAACAUGUGGAAUUGGACGCCAGCGGCGUACAGCGCCACAGUGCAGGCCGAGGUGUAUCUGAAGGGCUUGGUGUCCGAGGUCGGAAGGCUUCAGCAGCUGCAACAGCUACAGCAGCAACAGCAACAACAGCAACAACAGCAACAACAACAGCAACAGAAGCGCAAGAAAGAGACGAGUAUGCUCAAGAAGAUGGCCAUUGGCACCGUCAGGAUUGUGCGCGAGCUUAGCGACGAGGACGAGCGCUACGAGAUUUGACGAUGUGCCCCCCCUUGUAACGAUAGCGAUGCGUCAUGUUUGAUCUUUAUGAGAAUUGGGAAUAGAGUAGAG